GAUUCGCCUUAGACAGUCUGUCUCAUAUCUCAUCUCGUGGCUGGCCCUUGUUUUGCUUCUCUACUCGCUUCGCACUCUCCUUACUCUCUCUUGGUUUUUCACCGCAUUGCUCUGAGAUCAACUUUCAUGGCGUCGGCCAUCGAAUCUGCUUGGCAGUAUCUUAUCACACAUUUCAACGAUUUUCAACUGGCGUGUUUAGGAAGUUUCUUCCUUCACGAGAGUGUCUUUUUCUUAUCUGGGCUUCCUUUUAUAUAUAUUGAGAGGGGAGGAUGGUUGAGCAAAUACAAGAUUCAGACAAAAAACAACAGUCCUGCAGCUCAGGAGAAAUGUAUUACUCGACUACUGCUGUAUCACUUUGGUGUCAACUUACCCGUUAUGAUUUUAUCCUAUCCUGUCUUCAAAUACAUGGGCAUGCAAAGUGCCCUUCCUUUUCCGUCCUGGAAAGUGGUUCUAUCACAGAUAAUAUUCUACUUCAUCCUGGAAGAUUUUGUAUUCUACUGGGGGCAUCGCAUACUGCAUACAAAAUGGUUAUACAAGCAUGUACACAGUGUCCAUCAUGAAUAUGCAACACCAUUCGGGCUGACAUCUGAGUAUGCUCACCCUGCUGAAAUAUUGUUUCUUGGCUUUGCUACCAUUAUUGGUCCUGCUAUCACUGGGCCCCAUCUGAUGACUCUCUGGUUGUGGAUGGUAUUAAGAGUCCUGGAGACAGUUGAGGCACAUUGUGGUUACCAUUUCCCAUGGAGCCUCUCAAACUUUUUUCCUUUGUAUGGAGGGGCUGAUUUUCAUGACUACCAUCAUCGUUUGCUUUAUACUAAGUCUGGAAACUACUCAUCAACAUUUGUUUACAUGGACUGGAUAUUUGGUACUGAUAAGGGUUACAGAAAGUUGAAGGCACUAAAGAUUACCGGUGAUGAUGAUAGCAAAAAGCAGAUAUUAUGAUAGAAAAUUCUUUUUAAAUGAGCUUGACAUUUAGAAAAUGGGUUCCCAGCUAAAGGGCAUCUUGGAAAAGGUUUUGUUCUACCCCUGCCUCAUCUGGUGUGCAAGCAACUUCAUGUAGUUAUUUGCCUAGCUGUUCAUGUUUACAGUGUGUAGUGAUAUGGAAUCAUGGGAAAGAUUUCUUUGGAUAUUUUGCUGUCUUUUUCCAUACAUUAAAGAAGGGUCUUUGCUGUAA